AGCGGGCUGCGAGUGGGACCGGGAGAAGCGUACCCGACGGCGCGCUCGGGCGGGGGUCAGAGGCGGGUUGGUAGUUGAGCGGUCCUGUUGUUGGAAGAUUCUUCAAUCAGUAUGUCGUCCAACACAGAUGUUUCUCUUUCUUCAUAUGAUGAAGGUCAGGGAUCUAAAUUAAUCCGAAAAGCCAAAGAGGCACCAUUUGUCCCUAUUGGGAUGGCAGGGUUCGCAGCGAUCGUCGCCUACGGGUUGUAUAAACUGAAGAGCAGGGGGAGCACCAAGAUGUCCGUCCACCUGAUCCACAUGCGCGUGGCCGCCCAGGGCUUCGUCGUGGGCGCCAUGACUCUCGGUAUGGGCUACUCCAUGUACAAGGAGUUCUGGGCGAAAUCUAAACCCUAGAAGGACAGCUGCGGCCUCGGUCGUGGUGGUGGUAUUUGCUGUAGAUAGAGAUCUCACAUUGAGGUUCUGUAUUUAUGUUGGAAAUAAAUUGUUUGAGUGGGUCAGACAGUAGUAACAUGGUAAUUUGAAUAUGGGCUUCCUUACUUGCAGGCUUGGUUUGCUGGGUGCCUAAAUUUUUAGUGACUAGGUCACUAACUGGGUCGUUCAGAGGAGUCAGAUGAGCACAUAAGAAACAUGCCACUUUUAAAUGCACUUGAUAGUAGUGAAGUGUCCACCUUGUUCAUCUCUUCCGGUGAAAUUAGUUCUAACGAAGACAUCCUGCCAGCCCUGAAUUACUCCCAGUUGCGGUGCAUGUCUCGUGCUUUCGAUGUGAUGUGGGAACCCUCCUCGCCCCAGCUUUCUUUUCCUCCUGCCUUGUGGGCUGGAGAAGUACUUCUGUUUUUAGGGCUGGUUGGCUCGAAACCCGUUCAGGACAGUGCAUCGCAUACAAUGUUGUAAACCUCCCCACAGCCGGACGUCUGUGUGUGCGUUUAAACCAAACCUAAAAUGCUGAUAACAGCUGCUAGAGGGUAAUACUUAUUUUAGAGUCAUACUUGUAAAUAUAAGACGAUUCUGGAUCUAAUUUAGCCACUUUGUAAUUGCAGAAUUAUAUUUUUGCUGCUGUUACACGACAGUAAUUUUUAAAUGCCACUUUGAAGUAGAAGUAUUUUAAGUGCUAAUGCAAAGAUAUUGAAAAACAAUUUUUAAAUGUGUGCAGUAUGUUUAUUUUUCCCUGGAAGCAUCAUAAAUGUUAAACAGUUUACCUGUAAUGCAGGUGGCUAAUGAUGUAAGCGCAGGCUCUGGUCAGACGUCACACACAAACUUGUGCGCUGCAGAGGCUCGAUUGCACCUGGGAAGGUCUCCUGUCUGACCCGACUUACAUUCCAUGGUGAUAACAUGGUACAUGUGCUUAUUAAAGUAGAUGAACACA